GCUGGUAAUGCAAUUCUCUCCUGGGAGCUGGGGGAUGUUUGAUUUGCUAAAAGAGCCAGGCUUCGGGGCUCACACCCCUGAUCCUAGCACUCUGGGAGGCGGAGGCAGACGGAUUGCUUGAGCACAUGAGUUUGAGGUUGCUGACAGCUAUGAGCACUCUAGAAAAAAAUAAAUAAAUAAAAAGAAAAGGCAAAGUCACCGGGGAGUAGCUCCACCCUGCCAAGAAAACGAAACCAGGCUGUCAGAUCUCGGGAGGUAGUUCUGCUCCCACUGGCUCUCCUGUCCCUGUUCAAGUACCAUGAUGGAUCUCAGAUGUACUCAAGCCAGGCAUCUGGACAAGUUCAUUGAAGACUAUCUCCUGCCAGACACACGUUUCCGCAAGCAAGUCAAAUUAGCCAUCAAGAUCAUGGGUGAUUUCUUAAAGGAAAGGUGUUUCCGAGAUACCUACCACUCUGUGCGGGUGUCAAAGGUGGUGAAGGGUGGCUCCUCAGGCAAAGGCACUGCUCUCAGAGGCCGAUCUGACGCUGAUCUGGUUGUCUUCCUCAGUCCUCUUAAAAGUUUUCGGGAUCAGUUAAAUAUCCGGAGAGAGUACAUUGAGGAAAUUAGGAACCAGCUGCAAGCCUGUCAAAGAGAGGAAAUAUUUGGUGUGGAGUUUCAGGUCCACGAUCAAAUGUGGGGCAACCCUCGAGUACUUAGCUUCGUGCUGUAUUCACCACGGCUCCACGAGGGUGUGGAGUUUGAUGUGUUGCCAGCCUUUGAUGCCUUGGGUCAGUGGACCGAAGGCUAUAGACCUGACCCCCAAAUCUACGUCAAGCUCAUUCGGGAGUGCAUCGACCUGGAGAGAGAGGGCGAGUUCUCCACCUGCUUCACGGAGUUGCAGCGAGCCUUCUUGAAGACACGUGCAACAAAGCUGAAGAGCCUCAUCCGCCUAGUCAAGCACUGGUACCAAAUGUGUAAGGACAAGCUUAAGAAGCCCCUGCCACAGAAGUAUGCCCUGGAGCUCCUGACGGUCUAUGCCUGGGAGGAAGGGUGCAAGAAAACAGAGUUCAUCACAGCCCAAGGAUUUCAGACCGUCUUGGAGUUAGUUAUGAACUAUGAGCAGCUUUGCAUCUACUGGACAGAGUAUUAUGACUUUGAGACCCCAUAUAUUAGAGACUAUCUCAAAAAGCAGCUCAGGAAACCCAGGCCUGUGAUUCUGGACCCAGCUGACCCUACAGGAAACGUGGGUGGUGGAGACCCAGCGCGCUGGGAGCGGCUGGCGCAAGAAGCUGCAGUCUGGCUGAGUUACCCGUGCUUUGAGAAACGGGAUGGGUCUCCAGUGGGGUCCUGGAAUGUAUCGCCUCGAAGAGACGAUGAGUACUCUGAGAUCUAUGCUCCCAGGAUGUAUCAAAACUGCCCUUACUUUAUAACAUCUCAAGGCCCUGAUAUCUCGCCCCAGGUAGUAUCCAGUCCACAGGAGGAAGAGAACUGGUCAUGCACCAUAUUGUAGCCUCUGCACAUCCCAGGGGCAAGAGCUCCAGAGUCAUCUGGACCAGACCCCUUAUUUCCAGGUGGGAUCCUUGAUCCAGAGAAGGUGGGGGACCUCCCCACGGUCCUCAGGAAGUCGGUGUAUGAUC